AUGCCUCUCCGACUCGCUCGACUCCGACGGCGCAGUUUAGCACAGAAGACCGUAGCAGUUGCACCUCCACCUGCUUCCCCUGGCCUUGUGGUACUGCCUUGUUUGCCAAAUUCAGUUUGUUGUCGUGCAUUUGGGCUCCAGCAAUGCAGCUUUCUAUACGGCCAGCUCUUUCCUAUGCAGACCGGCGAGGAAAAUGCCGAGGCCUCCCCAGAGACCUUCCUGCUGGCCCGGAUAGGCACCUUCCGCUCAUGCUUCCCAGCCCCGUUCGGCUGUCCUCGGCAGGGUCUUGCUGCGCCAUCAUCUCGUGGGCAAAUCAAGCUGGCAGACUGGUUGACAACUUCAGGGGGAGGUGGACAAUACCUUGAGGGUUUGGAGGCGUUUUCGCAUGUUUGGGUCAUUUUCCUCUUUGACCAGAACAAGCACAGCAAAACGUCUUUUGACCCUGCUUGCUCGUUCUUGAAGCCAACUGUCCGACCACCAUGGUUGGCAGGGGACGAUGGUCGCCGAGCAAAGCGAGGUGUCUUUGCAACCCGAUCUCCACACCGUCCAAAUCCCGUUGGACUGACCCUGUGUCGGUUGGACUCUAUUGACCAGGUCAAUAGCACAAUCUACAUCAGUGGUGUUGAUGUGGUCGACGGAUCAGCAGUGCUGGACAUCAAGCCGUACCAUCCCGUCGAAUCGUUCGGCCCUGGCCACGACUUGCAAUCCAUGGCACAAGUGGAGACGCAGGCGAUCCAUUUUGCAGACUGGCUACCAAAACCGCAGCCAUGCAUCGACAUUUUGUGGAGCGAUACUGCACUCACAGAGCUGCAGGAAUUACAGGAGCACUGCAGGUUCUAUCCCGAUGAACGUGACCAUCGUGUCGUCGAACCUGGAGAUUCCUUCUUCGACUUCUUCGAAGCUGAUCCGGCUUGCCAUUGA